AAAAAUUAGAAAACAAUUAGGAAUGAAUCUCGGAUGGUCUAACUCUGGUUAAUAAUUUGGAAAUGAGGGAAAAAACUGAAAUAAUUCGGGAAAAAUGGGGAACAGCAGGGAAAAACGAUAAAAUAAUAAAGACUCACAAAAAUAAACUGUGUAGUAUUCUCCUGUAUUUUUUGAGCAUCAACACACGAUUCUUACAUUCAGAAAUUGAAGUCAUCGAGAUCCUUAAAUUUUCUAGCUUCUUUAAGCAAUAAAUUAGCGGUAACUUGAUUAAUUUUAUAAAUAAAUUAAUUUAAUCAACACGUUUGGAAUCCUGAGCUGGAAAAUCGUAAGAAUACCAAAAAUCAAUUCUAAUUUUUUGCUUCAAAAUCAAAAAUAACCAUAGGAUACAUGUGGUGUAAGUGUUUUUGCAAUUAGAAAGCCUUUAAGAUUAGAUAUCUUUAAAUCAAACCUCAAAUUAAAAGAAUUGUCUCAAUUUCCGUGGUACAAAACGGGCACGCGCUAGAGUGUACCCAUCAUUUCAGGUUAUCUUUACAUAAAAGGCUUCCGGUGAAUUUAGCACAGGCACUAUGACCUGAUCUCUUAAUGCUCAAACUCAUUCCCAGGAAUAUGCCGUUAAUUGUAAUAACAGGAAUACCUUCGAGUGGUAAGUCUAGGAGAACCUUGGAACUAAAAGAAUUUUUCGAAAAAGUUCACCGUAAGAAAGUUGAAAUCAUCCACGAAAUGGACGCAAUAGUCAAAGCUGGUUACACAAAAAACACUUUCUAUGCUGAUUCUCGAAAAGAAAAAGGCAUUCGCAGUGAUUUGAAGUCUGAGGUUCAGCGACGCCUGAAUCCAAAUGACCUAUUGAUAUUAGAUGGAAGUAACUAUAUCAAAGGAUACCGUUAUGAAAUAUACUGCAUGUCUAAACUUUACAAAACUCCACAAUGUACCAUACAUUGUGAUCUACCAAUCGAACAUGCCUGGAUGUUGAAUGAAGAACAGCCAGAGACACAACAAUACAGCAGAGAGAUAUUCGAUGCUCUAGUCACAAGAUAUGAGAUACCAGAUAGCAGAAAUCGUUGGGAUUCACCUUUGUUUGCAGUUAUGCCUGAAGAUGAACUAAAAUUUCAAGAGAUUUACAAUUCAUUAUACAAUGUAAAGGCACCUAAACCUAACAUGAGCACUCAAUGUGCUCCUCUUUCAUCGACCAACUAUCUGUACGAACUGGACAAAAUUACGCAAGAAGUUGUUAGCGCUAUGUUAACGGCAAAAACAAUGGGUAUUGAAACGAACAUAAAAAUUCCUGGGUACGGUUUGACGGUCAAUUGUUCUGGCACAGGCCCACAGCUGACAAGACUCAGAAGGCAAUUUUUAACAUACAGUAAAAUGCAACAAACCGAGCAAAGUCAGAUAGCACCAUUAUUUGUACAGUACUUGAAUAAAAGUUUAUAAAACAUGA